GGUAGGCAGUUGAUAGAAGAAAAAAAAACGGACCAUGGUAGCUCUGCUACUGUGCUUUGUGGCCCAACGAUGAGGAGAACUAGUGUUAAGAGUUGACUUCAUGUAGUCUAUAGGCUACCAGCGGAUUUUUGGAAAGAUGCACCGAUGUCACAGUCCGCAUCACUUCCAAUUCCACUUGGUGCCGUUUCGCUCGCGUAGCGCGCACUUGACAGAGUGACUUGACAGUCAGAGGCGGGCCCUAAUGCAGGAGGAGGCAGGCCGGUGUUUUUCCACUGCCGCGGAUGUCUCAUGUCCCCCCUGUUCCGAGAGACAAAGGUCAGAAAGAGAGGCUUAUAAACACUCUAAAAUAUAGUCCACCGACGCGUCCAGCCCUCAGUCGCUCUCACGGACACAGGAGGACACGGACAAGACGAACCGUGCAAGGGACCACGCUCAAAGGACAUUAAAAGGACAAAAUAAUAUACAAAAUUACAUCUACAGAGCAGAAUGGCUCAAAAAGAGAAACUUCAGUGUCUGAAGGAUUUCCAUAAGGACACUCUGAAGCCGUCUCCUGGUAAAAGCCCUGGCACCCGGCCUGAAGACGAGGCAGAGGGCAAACAUCCUCAGCGGGAGAAGUGGGCCAGCAAGUUGGACUUUGUUCUGUCUGUAGCUGGUGGCUUUGUUGGUUUAGGGAACGUCUGGCGUUUCCCAUACCUCUGCUACAAGAAUGGUGGAGGUGCAUUUCUCAUCCCCUACUUCAUUUUCCUGUUUGGCGGAGGUCUGCCGGUCUUCUUCCUGGAGGUUGCCCUGGGUCAGUUCACCUCUGAGGGUGGCAUCACCUGCUGGGAGAAGCUCUGCCCCAUCUUUACUGGUAUUGGUUAUGCCUCAGUCGUGAUCGUGUCCCUGCUGAAUAUCUACUACAUUGUCAUCCUGGCCUGGGGCCUCUACUACCUGUUCCAGUGUUUUCAGCCGGAGCUGCCCUGGGCCAAGUGCAAUCAGUCCUGGAACACCGAUCGCUGCAUUGAGGACACCUACCGCAAGAACAAAUCCCUAUGGCUGGCCGCCAACGCCACCAACUUCACCUCCCCCGUCACCGAGUUCUGGGAACAUAAUGUGCUGGGUAUCACCAGUGGUAUAGAGGAUAUUGGUCCUGUUAAAUGGGACCUGGCUCUGUGUUUACUGCUCGUCUGGGUCAUCUGCUUCUUCUGCAUCUGGAAGGGAGUCAAGUCCACUGGCAAGGUGGUCUACAUCACAGCCACGUUCCCAUUUGUCAUGCUCAUCGUGCUGUUGAUUCGUGGCGUAACACUGCCCGGUGCUGCUGCGGGCAUCAAGUUCUACCUGUACCCUGACCUCGCUCGUCUGAAGGACCCAGAGGUGUGGAUUGAUGCCGGCACCCAGAUCUUCUUCUCCUAUGCCAUCUGUUUGGGCGCCAUGACAUCCUUGGGGAGCUACAACAAGUACAAAUACAAUUGCUACAGGGACUGUUUGCUGCUGGGAGCCCUCAACAGUGGUACCAGUUUUGUGUCUGGCUUCGCAAUAUUUUCCGUCCUGGGCUUCAUGGCACAAGAGCAAGGGGUGGACAUUGCUGAUGUGGCAGAGUCAGGCCCAGGCCUGGCGUUCAUUGCCUACCCUAAAGCUGUUUCCAUGAUGCCUUUUCCUACAGUCUGGGCAAUUCUCUUCUUCAUUAUGCUGCUGCUGCUGGGCCUCGACAGUCAGUUUGUGGAGGUGGAAGGGCAGAUCACAUCACUGGUGGAUCUGUAUCCGUCCUUCCUAAGGAAGGGUUACCGCAGAGAGAUCUUCAUCGCUAUCAUCUGCUGCAUCAGCUACCUGCUUGGACUUACCAUGGUUACCAAGGGUGGCAUGUAUGUUUUCCAGCUGUUUGAUUACUAUGCAGCUAGCGGUGUGUGCCUUCUGUGGGUGGCAUUCUUUGAAUGUAUAGCUGUUGCCUGGGUUUAUGGCGUUGAUAAUUUCUAUGAUGCACUUGAGGACAUGCUUGGCUACAGACCAAAUCGUUGGAUGAAAUGGAGCUGGAGUUUCAUCACUCCUUUACUGUGCAUGGGUUGCUUUAUCUUCUCCUUGGUCAAAUACAAGCCGCUGACAUACAACAAGGUCUACGAGUAUCCGGACUGGGCCAUCGGAAUAGGUUGGACUCUGGCCCUGACCUCCAUGAUCUGCAUCCCCAUGGUGGUUGUCAUCAAGAUCAUCCGAUCUGAUGGGCCACUCAUUGAGAGGAUCAAGGCAGUUGCCGCCCCGGUUCGCGGCGGGGCCAGCUCUCGUCCUGCAGACCACCGUGGCCUCAAGGAGCUCUCCUACCCGCUGGACCCCAACGGGAACAAGGGCCUGCUGAUGAAGGCCCCCACCCACACCAUUGUAGAAACCAUGAUGUAAAGGAAUGAGGCGGAGGCUCUCCAUGAGAUCGCUCUCCUCUCCUGUCCUGUCCUGUCCUCUCAAACGCUUCUAAAGCUAGCUAGUUCUCUGUCUAUCUGUCUGUCUGUCUGGUGGACUGAUAAGGGUUUUAAAGAAGAAAAAAAAAAAAAGGUUCCCGUUUCAAAUGUUGUAGGAAUACUUUGGAAGUAGUUUGCUCUCGGUGGGUUUUCUUAAGAGGGUGGCAAUCACAUUUCAAAUCUUUUUCUGAAUGACUGGUGCUGGUCCUUUUUUUCCCCUCCUAUUUGUAACAUCCAUGUCCCACUAUUUUCUUGUUUAAAGGCAGAGUGGCAAAUGCGCACCAGCCUCUGGUCAUCCGCUGGUACAUAUCUAUGUUUUGUUACGCCAGCUACUUUUGCAGAAAACCAGCCAUUGUUCUAAAAAAAAAAAAAAAAAAAAA